AUGAGCCACCGGGCCAAGGCCCUCGCCCGCAUCGCCGACCCGACUCUCCCCCGCAAAGUCCAUCGCGACGACAAUACCGUCAGCGACGCCUUCUUGCACUCCAAGCGCGACAAGCAGCUCAUCCGCAAGGCCACCUUCCGCGCGCGCGUCCUCGACAAGGCCGGCCCGACGACGAAACCACUCAAGCGCCGGCGCCCGUCCAAGAAGCUUGUGGCCACGCUGGAGUCGCUGGCAGACUCGCUCCCGGAGAUUGAUACCCCCAGCAAGACAGACGCAGCUGCCGAGAACGCCGAGAACGCCGAGUACGCCGAGUGGGACGGAAUCAAGAGGCGCCGGCGGCAGCAGAGCCUCAAGACACGGCCCGGGUCGCUGAAGCGCAAGGAAAAGGUCGUGCAGGCCGAGAUUGCGCGCUUCGGGCAGAACCUGGCGCAACUGACGGCCGUCAAGGAGGAUGUGGUGCAGUCGACAGACGGCGCUAUGAUGGAUGUCGAGGACAAGGACAAGGGCAACGACAAGGACGAGGAUGCCGAAGCCGAACGUGGCCCAACCGCCGACGCGCCAGCGACUGCAAGACAAUCGACGGCCAACCGCUUUGCCCUGCUGCGCAAUUACAUCACCAUGACCAUGGAGCAGAACCCGGCGUUUGCCAAGCAGGGAUAG